CUGCCAGCAGCUCAUCAUCCUUCCUUCCACUUCCACCUGCAUACCGUUAACACAGUAAGCUAGCGACAACACGUUACUUCCCAGUAAUACAUUACAUCUACAGCCAUGGCAGAUCCAAGAACACGGCAGAUUAAGAUUAAAACUGGUAUUGUUAAACGGCUGGCCAAGGAGGAGAUUGCGUACAUAACUGAAGCGAAGCAGCAGGAAGAGAAGAUCGAGCGCCUGAAAACAGAGGCGGCAGAUGAUUAUGUCAUCAAGAAACAGAUGGAGGUGUUGCAGGAGUCCAGAAUGAUGAUCCCAGACUGUCACCGCCGGCUGGCCAUAGCACACGCAGAUCUGCUACAGCUGCUAGAAACAGAAGAGGAAUUGGCUGAAUCAGAGGAGUACAAAGAGGCUAGAAGCAUAUUGGACUCAGUGAAGCUUGAAGGAUGAUUUCUGAUGCAUUUCUGUUCUCACUGUGAGAUUCACUUGCUUAAAUGUCCAUUCCUUUCGUCAGGCCUUGUUUGGAACCGUGGAGGCCAACUGAAUCCAUUCAAAGUCUCUUUUCUUGAUGUAAUUCUUUUCUUUACUGCUAACGUGCCACCACAUUUUGAUCACGUUUCUCCUGUGUGAAAAAAAUAAAAUAAUUCCACAAUAA